UUACAAGGCAAAAUACCGAAGGAAAGUAAACGGAGAGGGAGGCCGUGGAAACCCUCCAAGGAGCCGACUCCAUGGAAGCCAAGUGACAGUCCAAAACCAAGAAAGUAGAGCAAUUGUGAAGCCCACGAAACAAGACAACAGAACCAUAGGAGCUGAACAGCCCCACCUUACCAUCUACUCUCCCCCAACAACUCUCUUUCCGCCUCUCAUCCCCCUUAUUUUUGCUGACAAUUUCACCGAUCCAUCCCAAUUUCCAAAGAAACAAUAGAAAACCAUUUUUUAAUGGAGUGGAAGUGGAAGUGGAUGCGGAUGUGAUUUGUGAACUGUCCAUUUUGUAUAGAGAUAGUGUUGCUUCAUUUCAAUGCUUUGGAACUUUGCAAUGGGGUGAUUGGCUUCUUGGAAGAUUAAGAUUAUGUAUCUGAGAAAUAAUAUUCUGCUUUGGUUGAACUGAUCUUAUUUAACUUUAUUGGAUUCAUGAUGAGUAAAGAAAACCUGCCUCAAGCAGUUAAUGGAGGUGUCAACAAUGAUAGUUGCUCAAAUGCUGAAAUUGAUUAUUCAGGAACUUACUCGCGAUAUAGUCUAGACAGAGAUGCAGGUUUGCCCACUUGUCGUGUGUGCCAGUGUUCAGAAUCUGACAAAAGAGGGGAUGCUGCUUUAGCAUUUUUGGGUAUUUCUCCUCCCUUAGAAGAAGCAGUUAAAAGCAAAGGAGAACCUAAGCCUAAUAUUGAAGGAGAUCAAAAAGAUGUUGAAAGUGAUGAGUCUCAUGGUAAGAGUCUUAGGAGGGAAUCCGGGUUUGUUGAGUUCGUAAGCCCUGGAGGAGAUGUUUUCAUAUGUAGCACUGAUUUAGAAAUGGGAUCAUGUCGUCAUCAAGAUGCUUUAAUAGAACUUGGUUGUUCUUGUAAAAAUGAUCUUGCUUUAGUGCAUUAUGCUUGUGCUCUCAAAUGGUUUGUUAGUCAUGGAUCUACAGUUUGUGAGAUCUGUGGAAAUCCUGCAAAACAUAUCAGGACUUCCGAUUUUAAGAAGGUCCUAGUUUCUUUGAAAGAUUAUGAAGCAUUGAGAGAAAGGACUGCUAGUGGAGAUCCUAAUCCUGCUCAAAUUCAUACAAGUUCAGGUGUAGACCCUGAUGCUGUUGCUGCUAUUCGAAGGCAACGACUAAGUGAGAUUUCAUUGUGGUUCAGCCCGCAUGGUAAUAAUAACAACAACAAUAGUUCUUCUGCAGUUUCACAGGUUGUUUCUGAACAGCCCCCAAAUACUGUCACUGAAGAAAUAGCUCCAACUGAAAAUCCUGCAACCAAGUGGGCUGUGGAAGGUACCGGAAUUCUGCUUGCCACUGGUCUACUUACUGUUACGCUUGCAUGGCUCAUUGCUCCUCGUGUUGGAAAGAAAACGGCUAGGAGUGGUCUUCAUAUUCUCUUGGGAGGCAUAUGUGCUUUAACAGUUGUGGUCUUCUUUCGAUUUAUUGUGCUGACAAGGAUCAAGUCAGGACCCGCUCGCUAUUGGGCAAUCUUGUUUGUGUUCUGGUUUCUUGUGUUUGGUAUAUGGGCCUCGAGAACGCACGGUGCUCAUACAACAUGAUUUGUUGAUAUAUGAUAGACGAUGCAUAUAAAUUCACAAUAUUCUUUUUUUACUGCUCGUCCUACAUAAUAGUGGAAGUGGGAAAAAUAUGGGGACAACGAUUGAAGACUUGAGAAAUGGCAGCCAACUGAUAGUGCUGGCAUUUGAGCUAUGAGAUGUUGAUGGGGUAACAAUUUAUAAUUGACCCUUGAAGGGAAUGUGAAACUUGAUGGGUCGGUUUUGACAUUUCCACUGAGCCAUUCUAAGCUUCAAGACAAAUGAGUUGAAAAAAAGUUGGUCUCGUUCGUUUUGGUUCAACAAUGUCUUACUAUAACUGAAUUCCAUGCUUUACUAUUGUAGGGAAUGCUAGAUUUACUGUUUGAUGAACAAAGCAACCUGCUUGUUAACUCUCUUUUAACUA